CGAACAUCGCGGCAGUCGCACGCGCGCUGUGCAAAACAGGUACAAGCGACGAACGAUCGUACGGUUUACCUUAUCGCGUGUUCCUUAUAUCGCAUUGUUCGAACGAGAUGCACUUAUCAUCAUGCCAUACAAUCGAAAGUGAUAAAUGAUUCAGUACCGCGGAUGCACUUGACAUUGACGCGUCAAAAUCUCGAUAUAAAUCGAUAAAAAGUCGAUUCUUAUCAGAACGACAUCAACGAACAUAGUUAAGAGCAACGAAACAAUUGAUCGGGCAGCGGAAGAGGAAAUCAUCGUUGUUACAGUGACGGAUCGCGAAAAAAGUCAUCGUAGUGACUAGAGAUCAGAUCACUUGAUCAAAUAGUUAUAGUUCUGUGUUUAUUGUGUGCUCCAAGUGAACCAAACCUGUGCCCUGUGCAGUGAUUAUUUGCGAUGACACGUGCGAUUUUCACAUGUGAUUUUUAGUCGCAAAUCGCAGAAAAACUGGAGGUCGACACGAAUGAGGUGUCAGUUGUCGUCCAGCUGACAACAGAUGUCAUCCCCAUUGAAGUCGCAAUGUCGGCCGAUGGGUCGACCACGGACAUCAAUGCCCUGCUCAAUGAUACAGAAUCAGAUCUCACGAGUCUAUCGCAUGUUGAUGCCCCGAAUGAUGCGAAUUACAUGAUAUGUGGCGUCGUGAUCGCGAUGGCCCUCGUUGGGCUCAUUAUAGUGCUACUAGCACUCACAAUAAACAAGCUACGCAAGCGAGAGGAGCAUUCGGCUUCGGUGCACCCAGCUGAAGUCCUUCAGGCUGCGCCUGCAACUCAGCCGGAGCCACUCGCCUUCCGCCAGCAACCGCUGUGGCAGUUCCCGCCGCCGCUGCCCCCGCCUUACGUCUAUCCUCACGAUCAGGACAACCUAAUGCAGCCGCACGGUAAUGAGCGUGCGAGUUUCCGCAGUCUUCGCAAGAACAUCGGUGGUCGUUGGAAGCGACUAGUGAAAAAGAAGCCUGAACAGGAAGUUUACACGAUCCCGCCAGAGCUCAAGCCACAGCUCAAACAAAUAUACGUGUAUUAAGCACACGGACUAGUAAUUAUAGCUGAAGCAGGAUACUUCGUGGCGUUGAUCUAAAGGCGAUGACAUCAACCUCAACUCGACGGUUGUAAAACAUCAAGUUAUAUCAUUACUCGAAUAUCAAAAUUGUAAACCUGCACGGCUCGACAGCCUCUAUUUCUGAACAUAUCCUUUCGACCAAUUAAUUCUAAUGACCAAUGUUACUAAAAUAUUUUCUUUUCAUUCACCACUUCAUUGUGAUUUUAAAGCCUAGAAAUUGUAUUAUUAAGUAUUAGAAUUUGAUGUUUGUGAGUGUUGUUCCGUUGCAGAUCGUAUGAGAGUGAUAGUCAAAUGAAUUUAGUUUAAUUAAUUUAAAGCUAUGAAUGUGAAUUAGGAAGAUGCGGUCGCGCAUACUAGUGACGAAAAUCCAAUAAUUAUGAAUAAACAAUUAUGAUGCCUUGUUAAAUGUAAUUUUUGACUAAGUAGGGCAUUUCGUAGUUCAUUAACUUAUUGUAGACAUGAUCGUAUUCGUAAGUGAACUCCGAUCAAAAUAGUUUAUGAACUUAUACAUAACUACUGUAUGUAUAUUGUGUGAGAGCUGAGGUUUAAACAUCUUAUUGUUUGAUGCAGUAUUUUUAGAUCAUUCAUUUUGUGUUGCGAGUGAGACUGAAUAAUGGUACAAUUUUAAGUGUAACGUGACAUUGAAAUUUUCGAAUAAAAUACAAAUAUUUUCUGAUAUUAUUGACUAUAAGUAUCAAAUAUCAAACAAUAUCACGAUGGAAUAUCAAAUGACCUAGUUGUUGAAUGUUGAGUUGCUCGAAUUGCUUUUGUAGUAUAAUUAUUCAGAUUUUCGCCCGGUCCUUACUGUGAUAUAAGUAAUUAAAAUGAAGGAAUAAAGAAGUUAUUGACAGAAUGAUGUAGUUUUAACUUGAUUGCCUUAAUACCUUGUCAAUUAAAGUCUAGCAAGGGCCGACGGUCGAGAAUUUUGAUAGCUCAUAUUGAGCCUGAUAUUUUGAUGAAGUAAGUUGAUAGUUAAUAGGUAGAAUUGAGCCAUGAAUAUAUUUUCUUUCAUUAAAUUAACAGUUGCUGUAGAAGAACCAUGUUAUAAUUGUAAUUUUAACAUCGUGAGAAGUUUUUUGUUUUGAAAAAAUGUAAUCUUUCGUUGAAAUAUUGGAAAAUAAAUUCCAUCAUUAUACUGAA